AUGGCUUCUUACUCUGCUACGAAGCUGUUGGUCACCCUCUUCGUGACGGUGUCGGUGCUGGCGUCGACGGGCACCGCUCAACUGGCAGCCAACUUCUACGCAACUUCGUGCCCUAACAUUCAAGCCCUUGUGCGUGGUGCUAUGCGAGAAGCUGUCAAUAGACAGCCCCGACUCGGCGCCGCCAUGCUCCGCAUGCAUUUCCAUGAUUGCUUUGUCAACGGUUGUGAUGGCUCCGUUCUGCUCGACGACACGGCCAGCUUUACCGGCGAGAAGAAUGCCCGGCCCAACCAGAACUCGCUUAUAGGCUUCGACGUCAUCGACACCAUCAAAACGCGGGUGGAAAGGGCUUGCAACGCCACGGUUUCUUGUGCAGAUAUCCUCGCACUUGCUGCCAGGGACGGUGUCGCCUUGUUAGGUGGGCCCUCAUGGCAAGUCCCGCUGGGCCGCAGAGACGCAAGAACGGCGAGCCAGAGCGACGCGAACAACGACCUCCCCUCCCCGUUCUCCGACCUGCCGGCCCUCAUCGCCGCCUUCGCCGCCAAGGGCCUCACCGCCGCGGAGAUGACCGUGCUCUCCGGCGGCCACACCAUCGGGCAGGCCAGGUGCGCCGGGUUCCGCAACCGGAUCUACAACGAGACCAACAUCAACGCCAACUUCGCCACCACGAGGCGGGCCAGCUGCCCGGCCACGGGAGGCGACAACAACCUGGCGCCGCUCGACUCCUCGCCGAACCGGUUCGACACGGCCUACUUCAGCGGGCUGGUCGGCCAGCGCGGGCUGCUCCACUCCGACCAGCAGUUGUUUAACGGCGGGUCACAGGACGCACUGGUGAGGACUUACAGCACCAACGUCAAUACGUUUGUGCGUGACUUCGCCAACGCGAUGAUCAGGAUGGGGAACAUCAGCCCACUCACGGGGACUAACGGAGAGAUCAGGCGCAACUGUAGGGUCCUUAACUAA